ACGUGGAGUUGAAACAUUGAAGUCUAAUAAACACCCACAUGGCAUGAACUAUGGCGUCUCUUCUCUCCAAGAAUUUCCCCGUCUCCAAGUUUGCUGCCGCCAUCAGUAGACCUGCAAAAAGAAGCUUGAGCAGUUUGAAAGAAGCUUAUGUGUACCACCCCAAGCAAGAGACCCUGGAGGCUGACCUCCAGGCAUUACUGUGGACAAAAACACAGACACUAGACAAAUACCCACAAUCAUUCACACAAGUAAGGAAUGGACUAGAACUGGAUCGAUUUCAAUCCUUGAUAUCUCCAACUAUCCUCUCGUCUCGAGUGUACGAAAUGAAAGAGGUGAAAAUGAAGCACAAAAACAAGCCGAGAGAUCGCACGAACGGCAGCCACAAAAACUUUCCAAUUUCUCUCAUGCUGAACCUGUUUAAGAUGUCCCUCACCCACGCUGCUGAGUAUCCCCACUUGCAUAACCUGCACCUCUCAUUGGAGCCCUUCAUCUCGGCCGGCUGGUCUUGUGGGGAGGACAGGAUGACAGUACGUGGCAAGGUGGACAUGGUCCUGAACACUCAACAGCCUUUAGAGCAAUUUUACAACACGGAAACGAUUCAAAGAAGUGUGGAUUUCGACUUCAACUCGUUACAGAAUACAUUGACAUUUGCUGAUCUCAAGAAGCACCAAGUGAACAAUACAUUCUCCACUGGCGCUGUCGAUACAAGCCCCGCCCACUACCCACACGCUCACACUCUGAUUGUGCUUGAUAACGGAAGCUACAUAGAACCACCAAGCAAAGGCGUCCCCGAGAUACAACUCGUGCAAAAAGGACUUAUUUUCACAUUUGGACGGCUGUAUGCUCAGGCAGUGUCCAAGUAUGGAGAGGAGAUGAUAGGACAAGACCUUCCCACACCCGAGUGUGCUCAAUGUAUUGUAACUAACGGACAGAGGUUUUCGUUUUUGUGGUACCAACUCAACACCUUGAAGACUGAUAGUUUGAAUGAAGGAGUCAAGAAUCUUGUCUACAUUGAUAGAGCUGGCAUGCUGUAUCCUUCUGUGGAGUCUAAGGGAGUCUUCAAGAAGAGCAUAGCUGACAUGAACAAUCAUGUACUCAGAACAUUGAUUAGUAUGUUCAUUGCCUGAAUUACAUUAUUAUUGUUGUCAUUGUA